AUGGCACUACGACUUGGUGGCAUUACAAACGACGAAGAUAAAUUUUCACAAGUCCUAGUGAAUCUUGAGAGUGAUGUAUUGAUGUUAGUUGGUGAUUUAGCUAACAAUCCACCAACAAUGGACAAAUUCAACACACUCAAAGAUCGCAUUUUACAAAGCUUUGCUCAAACAACAGAAGCACGACUCAGACGCAUGUUUCGAGGCGAUGAAUCUGUUGGUAAAAAGCCAACUGAAAUACUUGCACACAUAAAAAAUUUAGCAUCUGGUGAGUGCAAUGCAACUGUACUAAGAACAAUAUUUUUAGAAAAACUCCCAGAGCAAAUGCGUGUGUUGUUAGCCAUGUGUGAGCAUGAAGAUCUGGACAAAGUAGCUGAGAUGGCAGACAAAAUAUACGAGAUGUCUAAUACUUCUUCAUGUGCCAUUGCCAGUUCUCAAGAACAAGCAUCUGUUCAAGCUAUUGAAUCGCCAAUAUCAGAGGUCUUUAAACUAAUCAAAACUCUCUCUAAUAAAGUUGACAAAUUACAGAGAGAAUACAGAUCUAGAUCCAGGUCAAGAUCCAAAUCACGUGGACGCUCAAACAGUCCAAGCAAUAAUCUGUGCUUUUAUCACAGAAGAUUUGGUGACAAUGCAAGAAAAUGCUUAGAAACAUGUUCUCAAAAUUCUGCAUGGCAAUCUAUGAAAUCGGAAAACUAA